CAACACGUCUGUGUACGUGAGAAGAAAAUUGGUUUUCCGUACACCGGAUUCGGACGUUCGUCGGACUGCGCGCUGUUCAGACGAGCAUCUCGCUGUGUUAGUGGUGAUGACAAUGAUACGCUAAUACGCAUUGUUGAAUGUUGCGACGGAUAUCAAACGGAUGAUAUCAAACAGGGAUGCAGUCCAUGUUAG